GUGUUUGACAUUCAAGAAGAACUAGAAGAAACCAGCCAAUUCGCGCAAAACAAUUGAAUCGUUUUAAGCCGUUUUCCUUCCAAAAGUUAUUGAAAAAAGAGAUUCAAGUGAAUUUGGUUGCAGAAACAGGAAUCUAAACUAUACAAGGAUGCCGGCGCAGCGAUCGAAUUUGUGGUCCUUCUUCAAAAAGCAACCCACGGGUGCGAAAGCAAAAUGUUUAAUGUGCGGCCAGAUGAUGUCGCUGGAGAAAUCAACCUUCACCAAUUUGAGACGGCACAUUCGAAGAAAGCAUCCUUCCUUACAGGAUCAAGUCACACCGCGGCCGCACAUGCUGGGCCAACGCAUAUGGAGCCAUUACGUGAAGGAACCGGAUAAAAAGGCACGAUGCCGGCACUGUGACAGAAGCAUUACCUACCAAUACACAACCUCCAGUUUGGCCAGACAUCUUCGAUACAAACAUUCCGACGUGUUCGUGGAAGACGACGUUGAAAUCGUAAGCGGUUACCACAGCCAGGAGGAAUUCAUUGAGAAAAUGUACGACGAGAGUGGAGAGCAGCACGGCGUGGAAGAAUUAAUCUCGGUCCAUGAAUCGGACGGAGAGUAUGAGUAUAAGGGUGGUGCACUCAUUGAGCUGCAGUCCGUACAGAAUGCAGAACUACCGGAGCCUAUCAAGCUAGAGAUCAUAGAUUUAAAUCCACAGCCCAAGCAACACGUUGAUCAAGGGCAUGGUUCCAUCGACGGUGGCGGCGCUCACCAGUCAGCACAGAUACAUCCACGCGAUCCCAGAAGCUUGGUACAUAAUGAGCACGAGCAGGAUUAUGACAUCAUGGAGGUGCUAGAGGAAACGGUCAUAGAGCAAGUCAUUCUACCAGCCCCGACGACCAGCAGCACCGGUGUCGAUGAGCCGAGACAUGAUCAAAACGUCAGCAAAGACCAGCUUCCGGGUGGUUUCAGCAUGGCGCACAUUCCUACAAAAACGGCCGCAUACGCAACCUACACGGCGCUCGAAAUGGAAGCGUUAGACGAACGGCAAAGGACGAUCGCACAGAAGCUAAUAUCGGACAUACUGUUCAAUGCCAAGCUGGACAACUUAACCGAAAAUUCCAUGCUGGUAGCACGAGUUGGCACAUUCGAGGAGGAAUAGUAGUGGCAGGGGGGGAGUGGGGGGUGUCACGAAGUCGUGAAGCUGAAAAUAUAUUGGCUUAAUUUAA